GAAGAAGAAGAAGCAUCGCGACGCAGGGUAACCUCGUCACCCUGUUGUGUUCAUACCGUCGGGUCUCACUUCAUGUGUAGCGUUAACAUUUACAACACAAUUACUGAAUGUUAAGUUAAGUUAAGCCAUGAAGACUACCGAGGGAAACAACGGAGCAACAAUGACAAUAACUGCCAAUGAUGUUAAAAACCUCAUAAAAAAGAAAGAUGACAUCGAGGAACAAAUAAAGGCUUAUUACGACGUGUUGGAUGAUGGUGUCGGAGAAGAAGGUUCUCUGGUCGACGCCGAGGGCUUCCCUCGCUCAGAUGUGAAUCUAUACCAGAUCCGAACAGCGAGGCAUAACAUCUCAUGUCUGCAAAAUGACCACAAGGCCAUCAUGGUGGACAUCGAAGACGCCCUCCACAAGCUGCACGCCCGGGAGAAAUCCAAGCAUGAGCAAGAUGAAUGUCAGCAGGCAGAGGCCAUGGAGCAGGAUGGCCCAUGGCCCUCCCCAUUCGCCCGUGUGGACGGGGUCACUCAGGGCUCCCCAGCCUGCAGAGCGGGCAUAAGAGUUGGUGAUGAAGUCAUUGAGUUUGGGUCGGUGAACACUGGGAACUUCCAGAACCUUGCCAACAUUGCGUCGGUGGUCCAACACAGCGAGGGAAAACCACUCCGUGUCUCAGUAAUCCGCGAUGACAAACCAACUCAGAUGAGCCUGACUCCCCAGAAGUGGUCUGGCAGAGGCCUACUGGGGUGCAAUAUUGUUCCCAUCCCUAGUGGGGACUCUUGAAGAGUAGAGAUUUCUACUGCAUUUUCGUUUUUUGUAAAUUGAGGAAUCAUGUGUAUUGUAAUUACUUAAUCAAUAAAUGUAAGAGGUUUAUCCAAGUUCAGAUGAACGGCUGUAAUAAAAAACAACAAAAUGAAGGCUACAUUUAUUUGAAAUUUAUGACAAAGGAAAUUAGGGGAAAAUAAAUCGUAAAAACAACCGGAUUUAUAUAACCAGCCUUUCUGCCUUUUAGUGAACUGUUCAGAUGAACCCAUCAAAUCAAGAAUACAAAAUAAGAACAAAGCAAUGUAAACAACUAGUCAAUAAACAUCAUAUUGAUUGCU